UGUUCCAAUUUGACUUAUACUAGAACAUGCUUGUCGGAUGGAUUGAAGAAUUGUGCUUGCGUGUAA